GCCACCUUCCCCCACCGUCGGAGAGCUUCGGCUGUCCCAGCCCCACGCUAUAAUCAGUCCUUGGGCGCAGGGUCAUGGAUAGGGUUUCCUUUAGCCCUCGAGCCAGGUCGGUCCAGAGACCACGCUCUCCUUGCCAGGGGCGUCGUCACGUCCCAGGUACGCACCCCCAGCCCCACGCCCACUGCCCCACUUCAGCACGGAGCCCUCCACGCGUCAAGUGGACUCUGGCGGCGCCGGGCUCCUGAGGAGGCUGCUGAAGGAGCCGUUGCAAACAGCCUCCUGGGGGGCCGAGGCUUCUUUUCUGCGCAUCUGGAAGGAGCGCGCAGCAUCGCCUGUCCCAGACAUAAGCCUCCUCUCUCAACUGCGCGCGCCUGAGUCUCCGUCCCUCGGAGCUCCCGGAUUCACGCUCAGUUCCCCUGCCACCAGUGGUGCCGGUGAUCACUGGACCAUCUGAGCGUGGGCAUCUUAGGACUGGUCCCACUUGCAGGGUGCUGGCAACUCCUGCGUCCCCUGUGCGCAAACUUGGCGGCGAGUACCGGCCCUGGGCACAAGGAGCGCGGGGCCGCUGGGGGACGCAGCUUCGAGCUACUCCGGGUUCGGCAGGCUCUGCUCCUGUCCUGGGAAGGGACAGCGUUGCCCCUGAUUUGGGAGAAGAAAGGUCUUGGGAGCUAAAGAUGAUAUCAGGGGUGAUGGCUGCUUGCGGAAACUGACGACUGUGAAUGCGCUUCGUUUCCUCUUGCUGGUCCUGAUUCCAUGCAUCUGUGCUCUCAUUGUCCUGCUGGUGAUCCUGCUCUCCUUUGUUGGAACAUUAAAAAAGGCCAAUUUUAAAUCAAAUGGGAGUGAACCUUUGGUCACUGAUAGUAAAGUCCACAUGUCUGAUGUUAUUAUUCUGAAUACAGUUCGUAAUGAGAGCACUGUGACAUCUGAUGCCCAUCCCACCCAACACAUUCCAGCCUGGACCAUGGAUGCUUCUCUCCCAGCAGACCACAAUCACAGGAACACAGUGAUUGCAGUCGCCACCCACGGUGAGUUGGUGAGCCCUGAAGGAACUCAGGAAGGAGCGAAUACCUGCCACCUAGCAACUCUGAGACGGUGGCCGCUCCGCACAGUGAGCCCUGAGGUCCCACAGAAUGUGGAGCACCGGACACCAACCCCAGGUGCCUGCAUGAACAUCACUCACAGCCAGUGUCAGAUAUUGCCCUACUACACCACGCUGACGUCUCCCCUCUCCAUUGUCAAAAGCAUGGAAAUGGAGAAGCUCCUCAAAUUCUUCACAUACCUCCAUCGCCUCGGUUGCUAUCAACAUAUCAUGCUUUUUGGCUGCAGCCUGGCCUUUCCCAAGUGCAUCAGGGAUGGUGCUGACAGUCAUGGACUCCUGCCUUGUAGAUCCUUCUGUGAGUCUGCAAAAGAGGGCUGUGAGUCAGUCCUGGGAAUGGUGAAUGCCUCCUGGCCCAGUUUCCUCAAAUGUUCACAGUUUAGAAACCAAAGUGAAAACAGCAAUGUCAGCAGGAUUUGCUUCUCACCACAGCAGGAAAAUGAAAAACAAUUGCUCUGCAGAGGGGGCGAGAGCUUUCUGUGCACCAGUGGCAUCUGCAUCCCCAGGAAACUGCAGUGUAACGGCUACAAUGACUGCGAUGACUGGAGUGAUGAGGCUCACUGCAAUUGCAGCGAGAAUCUGUUUCACUGUCACACAGGCAAGUGCCUUAAUUAUAGCCUGGUGUGUGAUGGAUAUGAUGACUGUGGAGAUCUGAGUGAUGAACAAAACUGUGACUGCAACCCCACAGAGGAGCAUCGCUGUGGAGACGGGCGCUGCAUUGCCAUCGAGUGGGUGUGUGAUGGGGACCACGACUGCGCGGAUAAAUCCGAUGAAGUUAAUUGCUCGUGUCACAGCCAGGGUCUGGUAGAAUGCAGAAAUGGACAGUGCAUCCCCAGCACUUUCCAGUGUGAUGGAGACGAGGACUGUAAGGACGGAAGUGAUGAGGAGACUUGUAGCGAUGGUCAGACUCUAUGUCAAGAAGGAGACCAGAGAUGCCUCUACAGCUCCUGCCUUGAUUCAUGUGGUGGUAACUCUCUUUGUGACGCCAGCAACAGUCUGAAUAAUUGUAGUCAGUGUGAACCAAUUACGUUGGAACUCUGCUUGAAUUUGCCCUACAACCAUACAAGUUUUCCGAAUUACCUUGGCCACAGGACUCAAAAGGAAGCAUCCAUCAGCUGGGAGUCUUCUCUUUUCCCUGCACUUGUUCAGACCAACUGUUACAAAUACCUCAUGUUCUUUGCUUGCACCAUCUUGGUACCUAAGUGUGACGAAGACGCACACCAGCGUAUCCCCCCUUGCAGAGCUCUCUGUGAGCAUUCCAAAGAACGCUGUGAGUCUGUUCUUGGGAUUGUGGGUCUACAGUGGCCAGAAGACACAGAUUGCAAUCAAUUUCCAGAGGAAAAUGCAGACAAUCAAACCUGCCUAAUGCCUGAUGAUGAAGUUGAAGAAUGCUCACCUAGUCACUUCAAGUGCAGCUCAGGACGCUGUGUUCUGGCUUCCAGAAGAUGUGAUGGCCAGGCUGACUGUGAUGAUGAUAGUGAUGAAGAAAACUGUGGAUGUAAGGAGAGAGAUCUUUGGGAAUGUCCAUCCAGUAAACAGUGUUUGAAGCACACAGUCAUCUGUGAUGGGUUUCCAGACUGCCCUGAUAACAUGGAUGAAAAAAACUGCUCAUUUUGCCAAGCUGAUGAGCUAGAAUGUGCAAACCACGAGUGUGUGUCACGUGACCGGUGGUGUGACGGCAAAGCCGACUGCAUAGACAGUUCCGAUGAGUGGGACUGCGUGACCCUCUCUGCAAACGUGAACUCCUCCUCCUUCCUGACGGCUUACAGAUCUGCCGUGGAACACCACGUGUGUGCGGAUGGCUGGCAGGAGACCCUGAGUCAGCUGGCCUGCAAGCAGAUGGGUUUAGGGGAACCAUCUGUGACCAAAUUGAUAGAGGAACAGGAGCAAGACCAACAGUGGCUUACAUUACACUCCAACUGGGAGAGCCUUAAUGCAACAACUUUGCAUGAACUACUGGUAAAAGGGCAGUCCUGUUACAGCAGAAGUAAGAUUUCUCUUCUGUGUACUAAACAAGACUGUGGGCGCCGCCCUGCUGCCCGGAUGAAUAAGAGGAUUCUAGGGGGUCGGACGAGUCGCCCGGGAAGGUGGCCCUGGCAGUGUUCCCUGCAGAGUGAACCCAGUGGGCACAUUUGCGGUUGUGUCCUCAUUGCCAAGAAAUGGGUUCUGACGGUCGCCCACUGCUUCGAGGGGAGAGAGAAUGCUGCCGUUUGGAAAGUGGUGUUUGGCAUCAAUAACCUAGACCACCCAUCAGCAUUCAUGCAGACGCGCCUCGUGAGAACCAUCAUCCUGCACCCUCGCUACAGCCGAGCGGUGGUGGACUAUGACAUCAGCCUCGUGGAGCUCAGCCAAGACAUCAACGAAACAAGCCACGUCCGACCCGUCUGCUUACCCAGCCCGGAUCAGUCCUUAGACCCUGAUACUUACUGCUAUAUCACAGGCUGGGGACACAUGGGCAACAAAAUGCCUUUUAAGCUGCAAGAGGGAGAAGUACGCGUAAUUUCUCUGGCGCAGUGUCAGUCCCACUUCGACAUGAAGACCAUCACCAGCCGGGUGAUCUGUGCUGGCUAUGAGUCUGGCACAGUGGACGCGUGCAUGGGCGACAGUGGUGGGCCUCUAGUCUGUGAGAAGCCGGGAGGACAGUGGACAUUAUUUGGCUUAACUUCAUGGGGCUCCGUCUGCUUUUCCAAAGUCCUGGGGCCUGGUGUUUACAGCAACGUGACAUACUUUGUCAAAUGGAUUGAAAGACAAAUAUACAUCCAUACCUUUCUCCUAAACUAAUUCCAAAGAUGAUCAGAGACUUUUGCCAGCAACAUUCAAAGAAAAUGGCCUUUUCGACGGUGGAGGACGUCCUGUAGAGAGCUGUACAGAAGCACUUUUCAUAGACAGGGAUGCUCCACAGUGCACUGCAAAUGUUCAUGUUUGUCUCAGUCGAAUUUUUUUUUUUUUUUGUCUCAGUCGAAUUUUAUACAGCUUUUUUUUUUUUCCAGUUCUGUUUUUCUCUUAUUUCAGGUUGAAUGAAAGUCUUUUAAAAACCAAAGCAAAAUAGAGCUUGUUCUUUUGCCAGGCAGGCCUAACCUCAACUGUAAAGUGAAAUGAAUGGUCAGCUUGGGAAAGAGAAGAGUGUAGGCAGCAGGGUAACAGGUUAGAGAAAGUCCCCUCUUGUCCAGUCACAAAAGGACAUGGAAGUCCAGGCUAAUGAAUCUUUGCCAGAAAAAUGAAAAUUUCUCCAGCACAAGAGCAUAGUGGCAAAUUCCAAUAACAACAUCAGAGGCUUGCUUUUGAUUUAUGAAAAACCAAGAUAAUUUACAUGCUUAAGUUAUUCAUUAUUCUUCUUCUAAAGUUUGCAUAAUUCUGAGAACUAAUGAAAGACAGAACAUCCAUUUAGGUAGCUGAAGGAGCAAAUUUCAUUCACCACAAAGUUCUUUCCACAUCAAUAUUAGCACUUGAUAUGAAAAGACUGCCCGUUUGGAAUUUAAAUCCAGGCUGUAAUUGCAUAGAAAAGUCUCCAUAGACCCUUCUCAGAGUUGGGGUUUGCUCACUCUGUAUCAGUUAGCCAACUGAGAUUUUGACAACUGGGAAACUAUUUGUGGGAACAAUUUCUUUCUGUCUUUGUGACAAUGAAGUUGAGGUUAAACUUUGCUAAAGGAGGACUUGCUUUAGAGUGGAGAGAUGCAAUUUUUUAAGGAAAUUAAAUUUCUCCCACACCUAAUUAUUUUCCAGUUUUUCUCUGUUCAUCCAUACCAAUAAGGUCACAGAGAUGUAUUUCAAAGCACAGUAAAACUUUUUGCAUGAAGAAAAACAUUUUGUAAUUUUUCUUAAAAGAUAUUUAAUAGCUGGUGUUGCCAUUUCUUCCUAUUGAUGAUAAUUAAAACAAAAAAUUAAAUAUGCUUUUAAGUACUAUGUCAUGAUGCACAGGUCAAUUUAUAAAGUAAUUUGGUGGUUAUUUUUUUCCUCACUAAAAACCUUCAAAACACAAAUCUUCACAUGUAUCUAAUUUAAUUUAUGGGCUUCCCUGGUGGCUCAGCAGUAAAGAAUCUUCCUGCCAAUGCAGGAGACACAGGUUCAUUCCCCGGGUUGGAAAGAUCCCCUGGAGAACGAAAUGGCAACCCACUCCAGUAUUCUUGCCUGGGAAAUCCCAUGGACAGAGGAGCCUGGCAGGCCACAGUCCAUGGGGUCUCAGAGAGUUGGACACGACUGAGCACCUAAGCAGCAACAAAGGAUUUCCUCCACAGCCUGGGCUGUCCCAGCACCCUCAGAGCCUACCUGCAGUUUUACACGUCGUUUUGUGUAAACGAGUAAGUAUGUAUGUGUAAACACAUGCUCUCUUCUAUUUGUGUGCAUAGGUGACAUUCGCAAAGCUGUCUUGACACUUUCCAUGUGAUUCAUCUCUUGUUCUGUAGUUUGUAUAAACCUACUGAGAAUGUAAAAUCCAGCAACUCAAUUAUGGUCACAACUGUAUGAAAGUUUAAGAACAUAUAUCAGUUUUGUUAUAUAAUGGAAACUUAUGCUCAACUUAUGUUCAGUGAAAUGUAUAUACUGUAGCUAACCCUUUAAUAGAAAUAAAAUGGUAUAAUUUUCUUUAAUGGAUGUAAAACAAGGAGCAAGCCCCAGAAAAUGUUCCCCACUAUUAUAGUUGGCACUCAGUUUCCAACCAAUCAAAAUUCACUUGUCUUAUAUCUCACUCCCCCAGGAAUAUACUCUUUUAAAUGCCACUACUCUUUGAUUAGUCUGAAAGGAGAGUUUGCUGAUAAUCUUCUUAUCACCCAUUGAUUGUCCAAGGAAAACUUUAGCCCUGGUAAGAGGAUAAGGAUUUUUGUCUUCUAGAACACAUUUUGGGAAUCUAAUCCAAUUCCUUUAUAAAUCUUUUGGGGUAAAAAUUAUAUCACAAGUAUAUACUGCUAAUUUUUCUUGGCUACUAGGAGCAAAUUGGGCUCCCCUAAAUUUGGUAAAGUAUGCUGAAUACCUACCGAAAAUGCUGGAACAUCAGCUUAGGAAACUUUGCAUAAGAGUUAUUCACUUGGAAAUGAGAAUCUUUAAAGGCUUUCUAUUGACCCCAAAUCUCCGCCGGAGGACCAGAUGUGUCUCAGAAUCCAGAAUUUUAAAAAAUUUAAAAAGCAUAAUAUUAAAAUGUUUAGUAGCACAGUAAUAAAAUUAUUAAUAUUUUUGUGGCAAAAUAUAUGAAUAGCCAUAUUAAAUAAAUAGUCUUGUAUCUGUUUAAGACAUUGUAUUUGUGCUUAAUUUAUGAAAACUUGUUCAGUUUUCAGAGUUCCUGGGAUUGCUGAAUCGUAGACAAGAAGUUGUAGACGCAUAACAUGAACUGCUGUGCACAGAUAAUUUAUAUCAGAGAGACUGACCUUUUUUUAGUCUUUUGAACUCAU